GAAGUUCACAACUUAUAACCACCACUUCUUCUCUUUAUCCAAGCGAGUGUAGGAAGGACGGACAACAACACUCUGAACUGAAAAAGAAAAAAAAAAAAAAUGGCUGCCGAGAGUGUAAAAGCUUCUUGUUCUUCUUCAAUAUCCCAUCUCAAUAUCAAUGCUUCUCAAAGGAGGCAUGCCCCUCUCUCUUCUCCAACUCGCUUUCUGGAUCUCCCUUUACGACCUUCUCAUUUCUUGGGAAGCUUACGUGUCUUCACUUCCACUUCUUCUUCUUCCAAGCUCUCCAAUUCACGCCAAACUAACAGAAGAAACUACUCUGUUUUUGCUAUGGCAGCUGAGGAGUCAAAGCGUGUGAUACCAUUGAAAGAUUAUCGCAACAUUGGUAUUAUGGCUCACAUAGAUGCAGGGAAAACUACUACAACGGAGCGAGUUCUAUUCUACACAGGAAGGAACUAUAAGAUUGGAGAGGUACAUGAGGGAACAGCUACAAUGGAUUGGAUGGAGCAAGAACAGGAAAGAGGGAUUACCAUCACCUCGGCUGCAACUACUACAUUUUGGAACAAACACAGGAUUAAUAUCAUUGAUACCCCUGGCCAUGUUGACUUCACACUUGAAGUGGAGCGAGCUCUCAGGGUUUUGGAUGGUGCCAUAUGUUUGUUUGACAGCGUUGCUGGUGUGGAACCACAAUCUGAAACUGUGUGGAGGCAAGCUGACAAGUAUGGAGUGCCUAGAAUCUGCUUUGUCAAUAAGAUGGAUCGUAUGGGAGCAAACUUUUUCAGAACAAGAGACAUGAUUGUAACAAACUUGGGUGCUAAACCUGUUGUGAUCCAAAUACCAGUUGGGGCAGAAGACAAUUUUAAGGGAGUUAUUGAUCUUGUGAAGAUGAAAGCUAUAAUAUGGUCAGGAGAGGAAUUGGGUGCAAAGUUUGUUUAUGAGGAUAUACCGGCUGAUCUUCGGGAGUUGGCUCAGGACUACAGAUCUCAGAUGAUAGAAACCAUAGUUGAAUUAGAUGAUGAAGCUAUGGAGAACUAUCUAGAAGGAGUUGAGCCAGAUGAAGAAACCAUUAAGAAAUUAAUUCGGAAAGGCACCAUUUCUGGCAGUUUUGUGCCAGUCCUAUGUGGCUCAGCUUUCAAGAAUAAAGGUGUUCAACCUUUACUUGAUGCUGUUGUCGAUUAUCUGCCUUCGCCACUUGACUUGCCAGCAAUGAAGGGAACUGAUCCUGAGAACCCUGAAGUGACCAUUGAAAGGGCAGCCAGUGAUGAUGAACCAUUUUCUGGACUAGCUUUCAAGAUUAUGAGUGAUCCAUUUGUGGGAUCCCUUACUUUUGUCAGAGUUUAUGCAGGGAAGCUUACUGCAGGAUCUUAUGUGCUGAAUGCAAAUAAAGGAAAGAAAGAGAGAAUUGGUAGACUUCUAGAAAUGCAUGCCAACAGUAGAGAGGAUGUUAAGGUGGCUUUAGCUGGUGAUAUUGUUGCUCUUGCAGGUCUUAAAGAUACCAUUACAGGUGAAACACUGUGUGAUGCUGAUAAUCCCAUUGUGCUUGAGCGAAUGGACUUCCCUGAUCCUGUGAUUAAGGUUGCAAUUGAACCCAAGACUAAAGCCGAUAUUGAUAAAAUGGCCAAUGGUUUGAUCAAGCUUGCUCAAGAAGACCCUUCAUUCCACUUCUCACGAGAUGAAGAAAUAAACCAGACAGUGAUUGAAGGAAUGGGAGAGUUGCAUCUUGAGAUUAUCGUUGAUCGACUAAAGAGGGAGUUUAAGGUAGAAGCUAAUGUUGGUGCACCUCAAGUAAACUAUCGUGAAAGCAUUUCUAAAGUCUCAGAAGUGAAGUAUGUGCACAAGAAACAAUCAGGAGGACAAGGACAGUUUGCCGAUAUAACUGUCAGGUUUGAGCCCCUGGAGGCAGGUAGUGGAUAUGAGUUCAAGAGUGAAAUCAAGGGAGGUGCAGUUCCAAAAGAAUAUAUCCCGGGAGUGAUGAAAGGAUUAGAGGAAUGCAUGAGUAACGGUGUGCUUGCAGGCUUCCCUGUAGUCGAUGUACGUGCUGUACUCGUAGAUGGUUCUUACCAUGAUGUUGAUUCAAGUGUCUUGGCAUUUCAACUUGCGGCUAGGGGAGCUUUCAGAGAGGGGAUGAGGAAAGCUGGUCCAAAGAUGCUGGAACCUAUAAUGAAAGUUGAAGUUGUCACACCCGAAGAGCACUUGGGUGAUGUCAUUGGUGAUAUCAACUCGAGAAGAGGUCAGAUCAAUAGUUUUGGUGACAAACCAGGAGGUCUGAAGGUGGUGGAUGCCCUGGUUCCACUGGCAGAGAUGUUUCAAUAUGUAAGUACACUCCGGGGAAUGACAAAAGGUCGUGCAUCCUACACAAUGCAAUUAGCCAAAUUUGAUAUUGUACCUCAACACAUCCAGAACCAGCUUGCAACAAAAGAACAAGAGGUUGCUGCUUAAUUUUAUUUUCCAGAGGAAACAGGAAUUAUUAUAUUUUUUCAUCAACUUGAUUAAGUCCAAGGAAUCAAGUUUCUUUUUGUACCAAUGACAUCAACUUUAUAAGUCCUAAAAAAAAAAACAUUUAUUUUUUUAAAGAAUGAACACAUAUCU